AAGGGAGGACUGGGUGGAUGUGUGUGUGGGCCGUCGUCUAUCUCCGACUGUCGAGUGGAGAGGGGAAAAAGGAGGAGGCAGUAACCCCCCCUCUCUCUCUCCUUUGGCUGGGCUAUAUACACGGUUCCACCAGUUCCACUAUCGGCCACUUCUCAACAACAAGCCGGACUUGACUCACUCACUCCCCUCUCUCUCUCUCACGGCCGUCUGUGUGUGUGUCUGUCUCUUUGUGUGUGUGUGUGUGUCUGUGGAGAAACUGGAAAAAAAGAGUUUGGAACAGACGACAAGAAAUUAUUAGACGACGGCGGAAUUAAAAAUUCAACAACAUCCGUUUGUGCUCUGCGUGUUGGUUUUUUCCGCGUGCGAAUGUGCCCAGUGCACAGGGAACUUGUUGAUGUGUCCAGUUGACUGUCAGUGUCUUUUUUCGAUUAUCGAUUGAUUGUGUGUGUGUGAAUUUUGAGAAAAAAACUGUGAAAAAAUGCGGAGUCAAACAGCGACGACGACCAACAACCGGAAACGAGGGCGGGAAUCGACGGGCGUCUCAUCGUCGCCCGUUCGAUCGACUCGUCUCAAAACGGGACGUCAUCCGCCGCCGCCUCCGCGCCACCAUUCGCUAGUCACCGCCACCGCCGCCGUAUUGGACGACCUGAUCAAAGUGGAGGACGACCUGCAGACGGACGACGAGCUGGUCAAAAUGCUGCGACGGGCCGAGGAGGACGAUCCGGCCACUGAGGAUUGGGACGAGGAGAUCAUUUCCUUCAAGAAAAAGAAAAAGAUGAUGAUGAUCAAAAAGGAGAACAAAAACCUUUCACCAGCGACGGUCAUCGGCCCCCCUUCUUCCUUGUCAGAUGGAACCGGACCAGCGGACCACGACCAGCCGACGCCAUCCAAAAACAGAAAAACCUCGUUGCUACUCCUCCAGCAGCAGCAGCAGGUCGCUAAUGGCUUUCCGGUGACCGUGUUUCCACCUGCCGCCGAUAACAAUAACAGCAGCCCACCUCCUCCACCUUCUGCCGGACCCUUUCAGCAACGCCUCAACAACAGCAGCAGUAAGAAUAGUAGCAGCAGAGCCAACAGCAAGCCGGAACAGAAACUGGCCGUCAUCAGCCGACAUCCAGUCAAAGAGGCUCCUCCUUCUCUUUCUUCUUCUUCUUCGGCUGCUGCCACCAGACGGGAUAACAACAACAGCGAUGAAGCGGCGACGGCGGCGGCGGCCGUGAUGGUUGCGGUAACAUCAGCCGCCGCGUCCAUUCGCCGACAACAAAUGAAAGAAGCUUUCCAGCCUUGGGUCAUGCAGACGUACGGGGAUGCGGCCAAGACCAAGACAAUUUCACGGCGCAAAUCGGAGCGGAUCGCCAGGAUUUUGAGGGGCGAGGACCGAUCGAACGGGGCCGACUCGUCUAAAUUCCGUUUCUGGGUCCGAGCCAAAGGUUUCCGUCUCGGUGCAACUGCUGGCAACUCAGACUCCUCCUCCUCCUCUCCUUCCUCAUCCAUUUCAUCGGACCUCAUGUCGUCGGCGGCUGAGCCGCUGUCUGCAACCAACGACCCGUCACACGACGAACUCUACGUCGUCACCAGCACCGCAAAGGACGAAAUGGGGGGAGAAGAUCGGCCCGUCUACAAAAAAGUGGCCGUCGUCGAAGACUUUUUCGACAUCAUUUACCGCGAACACGUCGAGUUUAUGAGCAACAGCGGCGGACGUCCGCCAACGGGAAAACACGCAGGACAGAAGCGGACCUAUCGCGCCAUUACCGAGAUUUACGCUUUCCUUCCGCGCGAGGCUGUGACACGUUUCCUGAUGCAAUGCGCCGAUUGCCAACGGCGCGGCAACGGCGCCUCAUCCGUCGUUAAUCCGCCAUCGUCCAUCGGCCCAGGAGCGGUGGCGUCGCCAGCCACAAACGGCCUCCUUCCUUCCAAUCAAGGCGUUUCGCCAGGGUCACCUACUCCUCCGGCAUCUCCGCACACUCCGGCCAACGUGACCACCGCCACCGCUGCUGCUCCUUCCGCCGCCGCCGCCAAGUCGUCGCACCACCUCCCUCCGACGCCGCCGCAGUCCAGCCGCCAUGCCUCGACGACGACGACCUCUUCUUCUUCCAGUUGGUCCCAGCAGCAGCUCAGAUACUUGGGGCUGGGCCAAGCCUCUCCCAUCCCUCCUACUCCUAGUUCCUCGCUCCUUAUGGGUUUGGCAGUGACGACAAACAACAUCGACCUGAGUCUGCCGUUGACCAGCACGCUCCUCAAACGCGCAACAUUGGCCGGCGUGUCCCAUCAGCAACUUCUUGGACUGGAUCGAGCCGAAUCGUCCUUUAGCUCGGCAGGGGCAUCUAGUCAACAUCACCUACCAGCCCGAGGCAUGACAGCUGGAUACCAAAUGGAUCAGCAAGAGAUCAAACAGAAUUCUUCUACGCCGAAUCGAAUGACGACAUCCAACGCCACCGAUCCCAUCACAUUGGACUUGUCUUCAAAGACGUCGGACGUCGCCAUGUGUGACGGCGACCAUUCCCCUGGAACUGUCAAAGACGAGGAUGACGAAGACGACGACGAUGUCGACGACAGAAUCGACACCCAAGAUCCCGAACGACUGAAAGCUUUCAAUAUGUUUGUUCGGUUAUUCGUCGAUGAAAACCUCGACCGCAUGGUGCCCAUUUCACGGCAGCCCAGAGAGAAAAUCCAGGCCAUUAUCGAUUCGUGUUUACGUCAGUUCCCAGAGUUUGGUGAAAGGGCGCGAAAACGAAUUCGUACUUACUUGAAAUCGUGCAGGCGUCACAAGCGAACCCGAGAUGAUCCUGGAACUCCUGCUGGUGGUGUUGGUAGUGGUCUCCUGUCUCCAAAUCGACCAAUGCCCUCUCAUUUGACGUCAGUUGUCGCCGAACAAAUUCUGGCCCAGGCCUGUGAAAAUGAAAACCAAAAUGCAAAAAGAUUACGUCUUGGGUUGGAACCAAUUAGCCAACCAUUACCACCACCCACUACGAAUGAAGGAUUAGCAAACAGCCCAACAACUUUAAACCCACAACCUACGGAAGCAGUUCACAGUCCCCAAUCCAGCACAGCCACAACACCAACUUCGACAACUGCUGCAUCUCCUGGUCAGAUCACUAAUUUAUUCCGACCAGCAUUUGGACCUUACCAAAGAUCCAACAGCAGCACAAAUGCACAACCAGUUCCAAUCAAUCAAGGACCGACCGACUUGAGCACGAAAUCCCGGCAAACGCCCGCCAUCUUGGGGCCACCAAACGGAUUGUCCAACCGAUCUUCACCGUUGCAACCCCAUAAACUGAACGCCGCAGAAAUCUUAGCCGUUCGCCAAUUGGUAACGGGUUAUAGAGAAUCUGCUGCAUUUUUACUUCGAUCGGCAGAUGAGUUGGAACAAUUGCUGCACCAACAGCAUUCACCGCUCUAAAUACGCAAUUUUUCAAUGUCAAUUCUACAUGGAUUUAUAAUAAAUUUAUAACAUAGUAUAUAUUAUACAUGUGUGUGUAUGUAUUUCAUGUUUAAACGGAAAAUGUGCAAAUUCAAAACAAAAUAAUAAAAAAUGUAAUGAUUGCUUUCUUUUCGUCUGGGAUCGGUCUGAAUCCAGAAAACAAGUUCCUUUUGUCUGUCAUUUUUCAACUCUUAUACGUACUUAAUUCUUCUCCAGAAAAAAAUUAAAGAAUGAUUGUAAAUGUUUGUAUACAGUAAAAUCGAUUAAUAAAGCCGAGGUCAUCAAGUC